CUGCCAUUCCCACAUUCAAUCCAUUGCUCACCACCAUCAAUCCAAUCAUGUCGAGAGAUCCGCUUGUAGUUGGCAACAUUGUCGGUGACGUGCUGGAUCCGUUUGUCCGGUCUGCUUCGCUCGUAGUGCUCUACAACAACAAAGAGCUGACCAAUGGGUCCGAGCUUAAGCCUUCAGUCGUGGCUAACCAGCCCUGGGUUGAGGUCAAGGGACAUAAUUCCAACAGAGCUUAUUACACUCUUGUGAUGGUAGAUCCUGAUUCACCAAGCCCCAGCAAUCCAACCAAGAGGGAGUACCUUCAUUGGUUGGUGACUGACAUCCCAGAAACAUCCAAUGCAACUUAUGGAAAUGAGAUUGUAGCCUACGAGGGACCCUGGCCGACUGCUGGCAUCCAUCGGUUUGUGUUUGUGAUGUUCCGGCAGUCUAUUAGGCAAACUAUUUACGCACCGGGAUGGAGGCAAAACUUCAGCACCAGAGACUUCGCAGCAGUCUACAACCUCGGUGAGCCAGUGGCCGCAAUGUUCUUCAAUUGCCAAAGGGAGAAUGGAUGUGGUGGGAGAAGGUACCAAGCAAUUAGUAGAUGGAUGCAGUGAUCCGGAUGACCUUAUUGCAGCUAUGCAAACUGUGAAUUAUGAUAAGAUGUGUGUUUGCUUGUUCAACUCUGUUUCUGUAAUUGAAGACUGAGGAACUAGAAACUGAGUUGAGUGAUAAUCAAACAAUUAUCAAUUUCAUUCACGAUGCUUGCAACUGAUACAAAACUAAUCAAACAAAUAAUCAAUCUCUGCCAUAGGAAGAACUUAAUUUGACUGCGG